CACGCGCAAUCGUGCUCCAACGAGAAUCCUUUUGGAGCGGAAGCAAAAAAGUAAGUUUUUUUUCAAAAAUCCGGUGUGUCCCCCUUUUCUCACAAUCCAUAAUUUUCCACGUUGCACAAGCCACCACAUUUUUGUGUUCGUAUCUUCUUCCUUCGAACGUUUGACGAAUAUUCCACACGAGCCUACACGGUUUUUCCCAACUACUAACACCCAACUCCGUCCCCGUAUCGCCGAGAGACACGCUACGAAAAGAACAACCUUUUUUUGACACACAACAUGAAAUUCUCAUCCUCCCAAACAUUUAUUGCUACAGCCACCACCAUGUUUUCCAUCGCCACCCGAAGAACCGCAGGAUUCGUCCACAAAAAUGCCGUCGCCAAGACCGCCACCCGUGCCUAUUCCGGUAGCGCGGCAAAUCUCGCCAAGGACGGCCAGGCCGAGGUGAUCCUCGUUGGAUGCGGAGCCCCUAACCGCGGGAUGGGAUGGUACCACGCCGUUCAGAUGCUCGAGGACAAGUAAGUUGCCCGUUUUGGUCGUUUUUGUUGCCCCCGGGUCCGUGCUUUCCCGCAGCCAAGCCGACCGUCGUUUGCCCUUUCCCCCGCGGUGCUGCCGCCCCGCACAAGGCACCUUGAAUUUGUCGGCAUUCCCAGAAACGGGAUGGAUCUUUGGUGCCAGUGCGGAGCUGAAAUAGUUCUUUCUGUGAAUUUUGUGCAAUUUCACGGGGUGUCAAGCGACGAAACACGAGGCGAAUGACGACAGCCUAUUGUUUCGUUUGGUCGAGUAACGAGAACUCUUCUGCAAGGCGCUUCUUUUUGCGAUUCUCACCAAACCGAAAUUGCGUUGAAUUGCGUUGCAUUGCGCUGUCCUUUCUUUCUCGCUUGCUUGCUGCUGCUUCUCUUGCCACCAACGACAGGUGCCCGAGCGCCUCCCUCGACUACGUCGUCGAGCCAUGGUUCAUGGGAGCCGGAGCCGACUCGGAAGCCGGAAAAGAAUUCGGUGAGUGGCAGGCGGAAUCCGAGGCCAAGUACGGAACUGGCUUUGCCGUCUCGCUCGACGACCUCCCUCCCCCCGCGGCCCCCCGCCUGGCCCUCAUUUCGGGCCGAACCGCCGACAACCCACGCCUCCUGAGCGAAUCCAUCGCCCACGGAGCCAAGUGCAUCUACCUCGAGAAGCCCGGUGCCCCCACCGUCGUCGAGCUCGAGGCCAUGAAGGACGAGGCCGAUGCCGCUAGCGUCGAGGUCCUGAUGGGAUACAACAAAAAUGUCUGCAAGUACGUCCGCAAGACCCGUGAAUUUGCGGAAACCGUUGAGGGAUCCCAUGUCACCUUCGUCUCGAACAAUGCAUACGAAAACACACCCGAAUCGCUCGGAGAAUGCUUCGAGCGAAACGCCGAGGGUAUGCUCAAGAACAUGGCCAUCCACGAACUUGCCCUUCUCGUCAGCUUUUACGACGUCACCGUCGACAACAUCGAGAGCGUCGUCGCCGACAAGGAAUUCUCCUCCCUGCAAACCCUCAAGGGACCCAGCGGCGACGACUACACGGACUUUGACAAGAUCAAGUUCACCAUUACCACCAAGACGGGCAAGGAGGUCUCCGUCGCCGCCGACCGAUGCGGAGGAACCGACUCGUACGCCACUGUCACGGACACGAGUGGCGAGGAAGUCUUCCGCUACUACAUGCCCGACGAGGAGGACAAGGUCCACGUCAAGGAACUCGAAGCUCAGUACCCAACAGCCAUGCCCUACUUCUUUACCCAGGAUCCCGACUACAUCACCGUCAAGGAGCGUGUCGCCAAGCACACCGUUGACGGAAAGCCUGCCGAGGGUGUCGCCACCAUCCAGAUUGCCAUCGACACGCUGAAGGUUGCCGAAUACCUGACCCCCAUCCUCMAGGAACAACUCAAAUAAGCGAAGUCACACAAAACCACAAGGAACGCUAAAAAAGACGGAUGCCUGCCCACGGCACCGUCCCGGGCACGAACGCGGCUUUUUGUAUGAAAACGGCCGCGACGAUUGAUUGACGAUUGGCAGGAACGGAAUGGAGUGGACGCCUCGAUACAAAAAAAUACAACGAACUACACUACUAAAUAAUGUUAUUUCCUUUUU